AUGCUACACAAUAAAGCAAGAGAUCAGUUUGAUCCAUUGUCUGUUCUGACCCUGAGAUAUAUAUAUCACAGGUUCCACAUUGGCAAGGUAAUCAAAGCAUGGGAUCUUGGGGUUGCAACAAUGAAGAAAGGGGAGAUUGCCACCCUUGUAUGUAAGCCUGAGUAUGCCUAUGGGGAGUCAGGUAGCCCUCCAAAGAUUCCACCAAAUGCCACAUUAGUGUUUGAAGUGGAGCUUUUUGAUUGGAAAGCAGAAGACCUAAGUCCAAGCAAGGAUGAUGGCAUUCUUAGGAGAAACUUGGUCAAGGGUGAAGGCUACUCUACUCCAAAUGAUGGUGCUGCUGUUGAAGUUCAUCUGCUGGGGAAGUAUGAUGGUCGAGUGUUUGAGGAACGAGAUGUCACUUUCACUGUUGGAGAAGGUUGUGAACAUGGAAUUUUACAAGGAAUUGAGAUUGCUAUAAAAAAGUUCAAGAAGUGUGAGAAAUCCAGGGUCACACUGUCCUCCAAGUUUGCAUUUGGAGAAAAGGGGCAUUCUGAAUACAAUAUCCCUCCAAAUGCUGGCCCCAUUGAAUAUGAGGUCACUCUCAAGAGCUUUGAAAAGGCAAAGGAACGUUGGCAGUUGAAUGAUGAUGAGAAAGUUCAGGAGUCCAAACUCUUCAAGGAGAAAGGUACAAAGUACUUCAAGGAGGGGAAACUGGACCUUGCUCUUGCCCAGUAUAAGAAAGUUACAGAGUACCUGGAGUUUUCCUUCAGCGAAGUUGGCGAAGAUGCCUCGGAAGAACAGAAGGCAAAGAAGAAAGAAUGUGAACAGAUUUCCCUUGCUGGACAUCUUAACCUGGCCCUAUGCUACCUUAAGAAAGAAGAGUUUUUACUUGCUCGAGAUGAAUGUGACAAGGCUCUUAAACUAGAUGCCAAAAAUGAAAAAGCUCUCUUCCGGAAAGGACAGGCCUACUAUGGAAUGAAGGAGCAUGAUGCAGCCAAGAAGGAAUUCCAAGCUGUGUUGGAGAUGGACAAAGAGAACAAAGCAGCUGCCCAUCAAAUUAUGCUUUGCAACCAAGCCAUCAAAAUGCAAAAAGAGAGAGAUAAGAAGCUAUAUGCCAAUAUGUUUGAACGCAUGUCAAAACUGGAUUCAAAGGUGGGAGACAAAUCCCACAAGGACAGUGGCCUGGAUGUUGGACCAUGGAACGGAGAGAAGGAAGGUGCUCAGGAGAGCAGUGUAGCCCAACAGCAACAGGCUGAAGUGGCGACGUGAUGAUGGAAUGUCCUUGCACAUAGCUGUUCACAUCAUCUAUCACUCAUUGUAUCAUGUUGUCCCUAGUCACUGGAUGAUUCCUUUCAUUCCACAUUUAUACCAAUUCCUCUCACUGCUUGGAUUAUGAAAAUUUUGUUCUUCUCAUUUAUGCAAGCAAGGAAAUUCAGGUAUGAUUUCUGGCAUGUAGGAUCUUCUUUUUGUAAUGCAGUAAAAUCUUCCAGUGAAAUGAAUGUUUUUCCACCAAAUUAUUGAAAAAUAAACGGUUAUGUCUUUGAA